AUGGCUACCAGGAAAAUGGCUGAACAAAAACUUCUCUCUAAAAGGGACAAAGAUAAAGAUAGGAAGGAUAGACAAGAUAGACAAGGAAAAAGGAUGUCUAAUUUCUUUUCGCCACAAUCUGACAAAAGUUCAAGAGAACAGUCUCAGAUUAAUACUCCGGAAAAAGAAAUUGAGCACAAAGAUUUACAAGAACAUGCCGUGCCUUUACCAAUUCAACUGGAUAUGGAGGAUCAGAACGUUCUCGGCCAAAGCGAACCGUUGGAAUCGUUGCAGACGUCUCUGUCGGUGACCGCCUGCUGCUUCAAGUUAUGGCACUUUAUAUUUUUUCUGGUUUUUUUUGCAGGUAUUCCCCCAAAUAAAUACCAUUAUAUCGAUGACUUGGUGGUGAUUCUGCCCCAGAAUGUAUGGGAAUAUUUGUAUAACAGGUUUGGCGGAGGUCCGGCCGUCAAUCAUUUGUACGUCUGCUCCAUCUGUCAAGUGGAAAUCGAGGCUUUGGCCAAACGCAGGAAGACAGAAAUCGACACGUUUAUUAAGUUGAAUAAGGCGUUCCAGGCCGAAGAGUCUCCCGGCGUCAUAUACUGUAUCAGCAUGCAAUGGUUCUGCGAAUGGGAAGCGUUUGUCAAAGGAAAGGACAAUGACCCACCGGGGCCGAUUGAUAACAGUAAGGUGGCUCUAACCAAGAGCAGCGGCCAAGUCCAGCUAAAACCAGGGGCCGAUUACGGACAGAUUUCUGAAGAGACGUGGAACUACCUUUUCCACAUUUACGGGGGUGGCCCGGAGAUAGCCAUACGGCAAGCUGUGACCCAGCCUCAGGAGCCAGAACACCUCCAUGGGGAGCAGAAGAUCGAAGCGGAAACCAGGGCAGGCUAACGACCAAGGCCCCGACGGAUCUUCUCACUUUGCUAGAGCGGCGUUGGCUGCCCGUCGUCUGAUCGAUGCACUUCUAGAAGCACCUUCGGAAUGAGCUGCGUGCACAGACACCGCGUUUAACCCUUAGUGUUCCUUGGAAAUAAUGUUACAGAUAGUCAAAUUAUUUAAGAGACAAUUUAACUUCCCAGGUCUUAGUUUCACUAAGUUGUGGAUUCAUCCGAUCUUCAGCUCCGCAAGGUUUCCAGAACUUGACGCAGAUCUUUAGUUUAUUAAGUCCGAGGGAAGGACUCACAGGAGGCGAGAGCCGGUGUUUAGCGCGACCCCUAGAAUUUGGGUGAAGGAUGGAACCGACCCGCCUGCCGCCAGCUUCUAGUACCUUCCUUGUCCGUAGCGCCUCCCGUGUGUAACCCCCCCCCCCCGGCUUGAUCACAUACAAACAACGUCUUGCUGUCGGGAAUGUCGGACGCUCGGCCGAGUACUUGGACCUUUUUGCUGGAUGGAGGUCUGAAGAAAAAGUUAAGCUUUUUGCAGAUGAACAUGGAUCCGGGACGUCGCCGAGGACGAGGCUCUAGCGGUUAAGGCCGGGCCGCGGUUUCAGGAGUCUGUGUCGCCUUAGCUUGGUUUCCCGCGCUGGUAUCUGCCGUGGACCUCACUGUGAUGUGCAUGUUGGCGUGUUCACCGUUAUGUACAGUAUUACAUGGCUUCUUCUAUGAGCGGGGGAGGGGGCUUUAAAUAAAUAUUAAGGAAAAACUCA